AUGAUGGCGCUUUCUUUCAAGGCUUAUGCCGUCUACGCUAUAGUAACGACCAUUUUCAUACUCUUGUUGCGGAAUCGGUUCCGGAAGGCCCUGUACGACAUCCCAGGUCCUUCCCUUGCCAAAUAUACGAAAUUAUGGAAGCUCCAUAACGUGUGGAAGGGCAAGCACCAUAAUAGCGCCAUUGCCCUGCAUCGGAAACACGGACAUCUCGUUCGUAUUGGGCCGAAUCACAUUUCGGUCGGUGACCCAAAUGCUAUUCCGAUAAUAUAUGGGUUGAAUAAAGGGUUUAUAAAGACAGCAUUUUACCCUAUCCAAAGCAUCUCGUGGAACAAGAAGCCGCAGCCGAAUCUAUUUUCAGAACGUGACGAGAAGCUCCACCGUGAACAGAAGCGACUCGUAGCAAAUGGAUACAGCUUGGGCUCCCUUCUGGAAAUGGAAUCCGGUGUUGAUUCAUGCAGCGAAAUACUUGUCAACAAACUUCGUGACUACGCUGACAAGAAAAGACCUGUUGAUCUAGGAAAAUGGCUGCAGUACUAUGCUUUUGAUGUGGUUGGAGAAUUCGUUUUUGCCAAAAAGCUUGGGUUUCUGGAGGAGGGACGAGAUAUCGACGGAAUGAUCAAAGCCAUACAAGGCAUGCUCACCUAUGCUAGUCUCUGUGGGCAAGUUCCUGAGUUGCAUCCAUUACUCCUUGGAAACCCCCUUUUUCCGUUGUUUUUGCCUCAAAUGGAAACCUGGAACCAGGUGGUUGUGUUUACCUUGAAAGCCAUUAAUUCCCGCCUAUCCAUAAAACGCGAUGGUGAGAUAGAGAAGAAGGAUUUGGAAAGCGGCAAGGACAUGAUGUCCAAGUGGCUGGCAAUACAUCAUGCAAGCCCAGAGAAGCUGACCACGACAAAUUUGAUGGUCCAUCUUUCUGGAAAUGUGUUUGCUGGCUCUGAUACCACUGCUAUUGCUUUCCGAGCUAUCUUCUAUUUCCUCCUUCAAAAUCCCGCCACCAUGGGGAGGCUUCGAGCCGAGAUUGACACCGCUACAAGUGAGGGGAAACUGAGCCGUCCUGUGACUUAUAAGCAAUCAGUGGCCCAUCUUCCUUAUCUGGGUGCAGUUAUCAAGGAGGCAAUGCGUCUGCAUCCUUCGACUGGAUUGAUCAUGGAGCGUGAGGUCCCCAAGGGGGGAAAUUCCGAAGUUUAUGAAGACCCAGAUUCCUUCAUCCCAGAGCGCUGGCUUGAAAACUCGCCUGAAAAGCUCAAACAGAUGGAGCAGAGCUUCUUUGUAUUUGGCGCUGGAGCGAGAAGCUGCAUCGGAAAGUAUGUUUCUCUCGUGGAGAUGCAUAAGUUGAUCCCAGAACUGCUGCGCGAGUUUGAGUUCAGUCUACAUGAUAUUAAGAACGAAUGGACAACUAAGAAUGUCUGGUUCGUUCAGCAAGAAGGACUGGUCUGUGAUAUCACGCGAAGGAACAUCAGACUAUGA